AUGGCCGAUAUGCUUCACAAAGCAAUUCAAGCGAUGUCCUUGGAAGAGGAAGAGCCGCUCACACUUCCAGACAGCCCUCGUUUCCGUGUGUUUGAUGAGAAUGAAAGGAGCUUACUGGGUCGCCUAUUGAAUCCAGACUGUCAGUCUAUGGCUCGUAUGAUCGAGUAUAUGCCAACAGCUUGGCGUGUGUAUGAUCGAGUCCGUGGGAUUGCUCUGUCAAGAGAUCGAUUCCAAUGGACUGCCAAUCCUCCGGAGAGGUUUCUGCAGUCUAUGGAGUUAUGGAUCCGGAUUCUUCACAUUCUAGUGAAUCUUUUCACUACUGAUACGAUGUUUUCUCUAGCCUCAGAAGUUGGAAAGGUUGUGGAGAUUGCCUAUGAUCCUAAGGUCUCACUGACCAAAGAUUACAUCAGGGCGUUGAUCCUUUUCAACAUUGACAAUCCUGUGAAGGCAGCUAGGAAACUCAAUGUUUCUAAAACGGAGACAAUAACCAUUGAAUAUGAAUAUGAGAAAAUUCAUAAAAGGUGCUUUCACUGGUUACGUCUCACACAUGAGAAGAUCAGAUGUCCUAUGUUGAGGAGGGGAGCUAACAGAGGAGGAAUGGCUGCACAAGCCUCUCGUCCUGCACUAGAGGUUCCUGUUGCAAGUGAGCUACUUGAAGGACCACCGGGUUUCUCUUUGCUGUUUCCGGAACUCUCGAAAGAAGAUAGGAAGAUGGCAAUGAUGUAUAUUUCACACGCUGAUGAGACUGAAAGAAAGGCUAGAAUCCUCCGUGUACAACAAGGAAUUGAAGAGAGCAAGGCAGAAUCUUCGAUCAGAUUAACGAGGAUCACAAAGGAGCUGGAUAAAGGGAAGGGCCAUGUCUUCUCUUACAAUGAUCAUAAUACAGACAAGGUGCUUUGUGUUAAAGGUCCUUCACGUACUAAGCAUGCUCUAGUACUCACUGAGAAUGAGGAGGGCGAAGGUGAAGCGGAGUCCUCAGCAUCACAGUUCUCCUUUUGCUCAGAACCUGUCAUUCUUACGGGUUUUCGGCUUGGCCCUUCUACGGAGGGGCGAUUCUCCAGGUCACAGGGGAUGAGCAAGGCACCAAGACGACGGCUUCCAUCCUGGAAACGGAAAGCCCAUGGCAAGACAAUCGCCUCAGAAAGUGGUUCAGUUCCUCGUUCUCCUACCAAGGAGCCAAGUGCCAAGCGGAAGUCUUUUCCAUUGGUUCUUCGAGAAAACAAAUCUCACAAGGUCUCGGACUCUACGGUGGCUUCCGUAUUGAAGCCGCUGCCUCAUCAAUGA